AUGGGUGAUUUGCCUGUAGGUUUCAGGUUCUAUCCCACAGAGGAGGAACUGCUCCUUUACUAUCUUCCUAACAAGCUCAACGGCACAAAUCCUGACAUCGACAGAGUCAUACCUCUUCUGAACAUCUAUGAUUACAAUCCAUGGGAGCUUCCACGACAUGCUGGAGAAGUGUGCCGUGGCGACAAAGAGCAGUGGUUCUUCUUCACCACGAUGCAAGAGAGGGAGGCCCGGGGAGGAAGACCCAACCGCCUUACAGAGAAGGGAUAUUGGAAAGCUACCGGCUCGCCUUCUGAUGUUUUCAAUUGCCAAAAUCUCCGAAUCGGAAGGAAGAAAACCAUGGUUUUCUACGAGGGCCGAGCUCCCCACGGAUUGAAAACUACCUGGAAAAUGAACGAGUAUAAAGUCUAUGAUCAUUCUCCCAAUCCUCAGCUGAAGGAAGAGCUCAGCUUGUGCCGGAUUUACAAGAGAUCCAAGUGCGCGAGGGCGUUUGAUAGGCGGCCGCAGCCGGCCGAGGCUGAUGAAGCCGCGAUGCAGUGCCACCGUGCUGACGUGGCAUUCGCAACUAGCGAUGAUCAGCAGAUUAAUCCAACGGUGGAGGGGAGUGAAUUGAUGAAUUGGGACAUUGCAACUCAAAGUGAACCUUUGUGGGAUUCGGAUGAUUUGAUGAUGAUACUUAAGUGGUUUGAUUUGUGAAAAAAAAUAAAUUAGUGAUGGAAGAUUUGAAGCAAGCUCAAUAUAUAAGUAUGAAAUCCUAGGAUAAUUAAAUUUGCUAGGUGUUGAAAUAAAUGUUGUCAAGAUGGAUGUGUAUAAUAUCCAAUCAGUAUACAUAUUUAUUUGUGUUUCUUAUAAAGAAUGUGGCACGUGCUGGUUAGUAAAAUUGUA